AUGGUACAGUUUGCGGCAGAAUCAAAUCUAGAAAUUGAUAAUGUUGUAUUGCAGAAUGCUCCACAAAAUGCUCAAUACAUUGCUCCAAGUAUUCAGAAAGAGAUGUUGCACAUUAUGGCCAAUAGAGUAAGAAGGAUGAUUCGAGAAAAAGUUGGGGAUGAAUGCUUUUGUAUUCUUGUUAAUGAAGCACAAGAUGCUUCUAAUCGAGAGCAAAUGACAAUAAUCUUAAGGUUUGUGAAUUGUCGGGGUAUUUUGAUAGAACGCUUCUUUCAUAUCAAAAGUGUUAGUAAUACCAUAUCGGCAAAUCUAAAAAAUGAGAUAUCCAAUAUUCUUGUUCAACACGAGCUUCAGUUGACAUUAGUUUCUACAGCUAGAGAUGUUGAUGUUAUUUGGCAAUUCUUUUCUCAUUUGGAUAAUAUUAUCAAUAUUAUCACUUCUUCUCCAAAGCGCGUUCCUGAGUUGCAAGCUACUCAAAGAAAAGAAGUUGAGCGUAUGUUGGCUAUUGGAGAACGUGACUCAAGAAGUGGGGCCAAUCAAGUGGAUAAUUUGCAACGAUCUGGAUCUACUCGUUGGAGUUCUCAUUAUGACUCUACAAAAAGCUUGAUAGACGUGUACAACGCAACUUGCAAGGUGUUUCAGUAUCUUAGUGUCCAUUUUCUGAAGGGAAGAUCUCGGGCUGAAACUAUUGGUGCUUACAAACAAUUAAAAAGUUUUGAUUUUGUGUUCAGCUUGCAUUUAGUGCAUAGCAUUAUGAGAAUCACUGAUGUUCUUUGUCAAACACUUCAAAGGAAAUCUCAAGAUAUCUUGGCUGCUAUAAAAUUUGUUUCUACGACAAAAACACUUAUUCAAAAAUUGAGAGAUGAUAACUGCAAAGAAUUUUUUUAG